AUGAGAGCGAUCCAAGAGUCAUUCUCACAUGUGCGGUUGUUCGUGUCCGAGUUGGAGAAGACUCUGCCGAAGGAGAAUGCUGGCAAUGGGGAGGGAGAUUUGGACCAUGUCAUUCGACUGGUGUUUCGAGCCGAGGGACUUUUCGGGUCGGGAGUAGAAGGAAUGGACUACGAGUCAAAAUGGGGACAACAUCGCCAUAGGCUUUCCCAACUGUUUGGAGAGCCAAUUGGGAAGGCUAUGGAAACUGUUUUCAGGCUUCGGAGCACCCCUGACGCGUUUGGACUCAUUCUUCCCCAGAUUCAGGUGUUGAGAGAAUCUGCUUUGGUCAAAGACCAAGUCGAGGCCUUCGAGAAGAUCGAGGCACUACUGGGACAGCCACUGACAGACAUGGACGUUGAGACAACUUUGGGGGGCAACGAGGCACAACAAUGA